AUGAAAGUUCUACGACGUACUCUACUUGUUGGAUGUAUAGCAUUUGCUGCUGCUUUUGCGGGUGAGACUACGAAUGGUCAGCACUGCCGAAGAAAGAUACUACAAGGAGCUAUAGGAUUUGCAGCUGGUGUUGCUGUUGCGCCUCCAGCGUUUGCAAGACUCGAAUCUGUAAAUCGACCAGAUUUAUUGCCAGCAGAGGACAAUUUGCAUGUAAUACAGACCGAAAAGUUCUUGACCAAUGGUCAAGUGCGACGCAUGGAGCAGCUAUUGGUCCAACUGGAGCGUGAAACAGGAUUCCGGAUUUACGUUCUGUGCCAAAACUACCCCUUGACUCCAGGGUUAGCAAUCAGAGACUAUUGGGACUUGGGCAAGGAGGGACAGAAGGAUGACAAAUAUGUUGUCCUCAUUGCUGAUCAAUUUGGUGGGCGAGGUAUGUAG